GGCCUCUCCCGGAUUCCGAUUUAUUACGCUUUGACAGGCGAUCACGGUGACCUGCAGUUGAAAAUGUGCCACAAAGAAACGGCUUUGUGGACCGGUCAUAAUGCGGUCCAUGGAACAUCUCUGGGAUCUUCGGGAGGUGGGGAAAUCACAGGCUGGGGGCGUUACCCCUUCUUUUGCUCCUUUCCCUGCCUUGUGCACCAGUAUCCCCCAUUUCUGUUCCUCAUAUACGCUGAUAGAGAACGGGACAUUCAGUGCGUUGGCGUCUACCCGGGAGUACACAAAAGCAGCUCACAUGCAGAGAUCGUAUGCCAAACACUGCCAGUAUAUUUGUACCAGGGGAGCACACGUUCCGGUGACCAUGCAGAAUACGAGGCACACCCGGUGCUGCUAUCGCAUGUGGCAGAUAUCCAUGGGCCAGGGUUCGACGGGUGGUUCCAGGCAACCUCAAAGCACUACGAGUUUAUUGAUCUGCGGGGGCGGCUCCUGAAGUGGAGCUUGACAGACCAGCAGGGCGAGAUCGUUGCGUACUUCCGGCGGGUGGGCCGAGCCUGCGGCGUAUUGGAACUGUGGAAAUUGUGCGGGCUGAGGAUCUGGCUCAGCUACCGCUGAUAAUCCUGUCGUGGCGGCUCGUGGAACUGCAUAGGUACAUGAACGACCGGUCCGUGAAGGUGUGGGCGACAACAGAUCCCGCUGCAGAAGGACACCAACGAACAGGAGAUCAGUGGGGUGGGGCCAGUUUAUGUAGAAGAGCAGGAGAAGCGCUGGGUUUGGCCGAAUUUUGUAGUAAUUUUCAAUUCCUCUGGAGGUUCCACGUAGAAACUCUUUUUUGCAUGUUUUAUUUCUCCAAAAACC